AUGGUAGCAUAUCUGGGAUUGCUGGAUGAGCCACAAGGACGAACCUUACGUCAUCGACAUCGUGGUACUAUGCAAAAAACAACUAGCACCGUGCCCCCGAUCUCAAACCGGUCAAUACGUCUUGAGAACAACAGUAACAAGAACAACAACGAUCUAUCGAAACAGAUGCUGGAGGAGCAAUUCUCGCUGAAUAAUGCGCCGAAAGUUGACUUGGACAUUUUAUCUAUCAUUCACAACCAACAAGAACAGCAUGUGAUCUGUUUGAGAUGUUUGAAUGAAAGCUAUGCAGAAGAACUGCCAGCAGCCAGCAUUGUUAUCUGUUAUUAUAACGAAGCGUCUUCGGCACUGAUUCGCAUGGUUAAUAGUAUCUUGGACCGGACGCCGUCCAGUCUGAUCCACGAAAUACUACUGGUUGAUGAUCACAGCGAGCCGGGUAUGUAUUUUUCUUCACAGCAUUAUUACAUAAAAGAAGAUUGGAUUUGGACAGGGAUACGACUUCUUGACGGAAAUACGAUAUCUCUAUCUCAAUGGCUCUAUCCCAGAAUCGCUCGUUUGUUAGUGGUUUGUCCGAUCAUUGAUAUCAUCGAUGCGGAUACACUGAAGUACAUCGAGUCGCCGGUCUGCAAAGGUGGCAUGUCCUGGUCGCUGACAUUCAAAUGGGAUUAUUUCCCGGCUUCCUAUUUCCACGAGCCGAAGCAGUACAUACGGCCACUGCAAUCGGCCACAAUGGCUGGUGGAUUAUUCGCCAUCGAUAGGAAGUAUUUCCAGGAACUGGGGCAGUACGACCGGGGAAUGGAAAUCUGGGGAGCCGAAAAUGUCGAAAUUUCUUUGAGAAUUUGGAUGUGUGGUGGCCGUCUGGAAAUAAUUCCGUGCAGUCGAGUCGGUCAUAUAUUCCGUCAGCGUCGACCUUACGGGGCAGGAAUUGAUUCGAUGGGUCGUAAUGCUGCUCGUGCGGCCAAUAUCUGGCUCGACGAGUUCCUCGACACUUUUUAUGCGACGAGGCCACAACUGCGUGGUACUGACAUAGGCGAUAUAUCAGAAAUGAAACAAUUACGUAAAAAACUGCACUGUAAAUCCUUCCUGUGGUACCUUCAAAAUAUCUAUCCAGAAUUAUUGCCAAACAAUCAUCCAACAAUGGUGGAUCUCAAAAAAUCCGAUUUGCUACGGAACAAAAAUGUUACCAAAUAUCGCAUUGCACUGUAUAAUACAAGCCUGUGCUUGACGGCUGAGUCAACCAAUGGUCGACUGGUACGAGGAAGCCGCAUUUCCAUCGAGUAUUGUCGUAAAGGAGACCGUCAUCAAAUUUGGCGCUGGACGAAAAUUGGCGAACUCCGUCCGAUGGGCUCUGCGAUGCUCUGCCUCGACUCGCUGAAGGCAAGUAAAUCGGGGAGCAGUUAUAUCUCUGGGCCACGACUUCUGAAAUGUCACUUGCAAGGAGCUCAUCAGGAGUGGUCACUACUGGUAAGUACUAAGCAUCUGAAACCCACUUCUGUUUAUCUCCUUAAACCUUCGCUUUUGGUGAGCAGGAUGAUAAUGGGGUUAGAAAUCCUUGUCAUAUAUUUCUGUCGGAAGAAUUUCUGCCAGCUGUUUCUGCCCGCAGAAGCACUGGUUAUCUCUUCAGGAACUGAAACGAUUGUCAGGGUCGUCAGCAUGCUGACAAGCAGAUGA